AGAAAGACAGAAAUACAGAGAGAUGAUGAGAGAGAGAUAAGAAUGAGAGAUUAGCUGGAGGAAGAGAGAGAAGAGGCAGAUGGAGAGGAGAAGUUGGUCUCUUUGCAGCUCCAAAGCUCUUAAACCCCCGAAGCUGUGUGGAGAGUAAAUGGGAGGGAGAAAGAGAGAGAAAGAGGAAGAGAAGGAGAGAGCGAGAGGUAGAGGGAGGCUAUAUCGAGGAGAAGAAAAGCGAGAAGGGAGAGAGUGAAAGGGAGAGGAGGAGGGUUUGCGUUGGUGUGUUGGUUGGCAGAGAGAGCGCUUGUCAAAAAAACCUUCCUCUGACAGAAGGCAUGAUUCACAGCAGAGAGAGAGAGAGAGAGAGAGAGAAGGGAGAGAGGGAGAGGGAGAGGGAGAGGGAGACAAGCGACAGAAAAAGAGAAAAACAGCAGAGAUAAAGAGAGAGAGACAGAGAGAAACGACAGGGGCAGAGAUGCCGACAGAUGACGGUAAUCAAGCAACACAGCCAGAAUGAGAGGAGAAGCUUCGACUGGAUUCAGUCCUGCAUCCACUGUCUUUCUGUCGCUCCGUGUUUGACUGACUAACACUCAGCUUGAUAAAGACUUAAUAGGCUCUGAACAGACAGCCAGAACAAUAAACAACCAGAAUAAAUACAAAUGCAGUCAUGUCGGGCAAGAGUGGGAGAGAAGAUGAGCUAAGAACACUAACCCUGCGGAGAUAAAAACUGGACAUAUUUUGUCUUAUCUUUUCAUAUGUUUCUCCGAAAUCUGGUUGGAAUAUUUCUUGAAGUAGGAUUCCAUUUCCAAAUUUAAUUUGGACAUUAUGUUGUUUACAUCAUCUUUAUGUCAUGGAGAUUUUGACAAGAGGAUUUUUUAAAUCACAAGAUUGUCCUAACCUAAAACAGAAGGAAUAUGCUUCAGUGUAUUACAGUGAGAGCACCAUUUCUCUAAUUCCUUUAUUUUUCCAUGGCCCUCUCAAAGCCAGCUGCCAUGUGUCUUGCACAUUUUGAAAGUCAUUUUUCAAGCAAUUCUUCUCAGAUUUAGGGAAAUUAACAACUUCACAAUUCACUCUUCAAGCUUCACACGUGCCUCCCAUCGACCCCUCCCACCAUCAGCCAGCCAACCAAUCAUGGGCAAGCCCCUUAGCCGUCCCGGGUGUUUCAGGAAGAGCUCCUGCUGCCUGGAGAAGCAUGGAGCUGGGGAUGGGAGAGUGGGAGGGCGAGAUGGGGGAAUGGAAGGCGGGUAUGGAGAUGGCUACAUACCCCAGCGGUCCAUCUAUGAUACCAUGUGCAUCAAUCAACAGAUUGACAGCCAUCACCACCACCCUGGAGGCUCCAUAAGGCGAGAUGGUGGAGGUGAGGGAAAUUUUAGUUACUCUGCAAGUGGUUCCCUCAGGGUUAGCAGAUCCCCAGCUGAUAUGUUUGAUCCACAGCCCCGCUCUUUAACUCCGAACCCCUCAUUUGUGCGGCGACUGGAUGAAAGAGCCAUUUAUGAUUCACUGAAGCUUGGCAGUCAGGAUGCUGAUGGUGGCGGCUGCCACUCGCCAGGACGUUUCACCCGGUCAGUUUCUCCCUCUGUGUCCUCGUUCUCAGCGCCAGGAGUUUCCUCCUCUUCAUCCAAGAAACACCAUCAUCACCACCACCAUCAUCAUGGAGACAGUACAAAGAGCAGAGAUGGACGACAUUCCUGGAAAGUCCUGACACCUCCAAAACACCUGGAGUGUCUGGAGCUUACUACAACUGAAAUGAUGGACAGAGGAGGGGGAUAUCUGAACCCAGGGCACUACCCUCCCCCCGGGGGCCAAUCCUCUUCUCUUACCUCCCCUCUCAUUUCCCCCUUCUCUGGCUCACCUCUUUCUUCAGGUUACCAUACUCCAGUCUUUUUCUCUCCUGCCAAACCUCGUCCCAGUCAGACUCAGAGUUUGCGCUGUUCCCCUCCCCAUGUCAUUCAACCAAGGCAUUACUCCCAGACCCAGAGUCUUAGGCUGUCACCACCCCAUGAGCUCAGACGAUCACCCUACCGUGCCCCGCUGGUCCAACUGUCCGCUCAUGACCUCGAGCAGGACCUGAGGGAUCGAGGAGGAGGAUGGGGCCGCAGUGAGCGAGAAAGGGAGUGGGAGAGGGAGAGAGAAAGGGAGAUGGAGCGAGGGUGGGCCCAGAGAGAGUGGGAAAGAGAGAGGGAGAGAGGAAGGCUGGAGAGGGAGAGAGCAAGAGAAAGGGAGAGGAGGGAAACAUCAACUUUUGGGACCUUUGGGUAUGGUCGACCAGUUCCUCUGCAUUCAGACAGAGACUCUGUGUUUUUAGAGCCUGACCAGGCUUUAGACACAACACCCCUGUUGCUGCCCCAGCCCUCACCUUCACCCUCCCCCAGUGCUGCCCCCAGAAUGGGCACCUGCGCUGUGGGUAGGAAUAGAGCUGGGUCAAAGGUUGGCCCUGACAGCGUAGGUGGAGGAAUGGUUUCUAAGUUUGACAAUGGGAGUGUUGGUUUAGUAUUAGUUGACAGCAAAUCUGGGUGUGGACCUAGGUUAGUAAGUGAAGUUGGGGCUGCAAACAUGUCAGAGGCUGAGAUCAGGGCUGGAAUACAAGAACACCACAGAGCUGAAAGUUGGAACAAAUAUGACAAAGGAUCCAGGGCUAGCAUCAAAAAUGGGUCUGAAACAAGAAUGGGCUCCCAGGUGAAAACAAGACCAGGGGGACGGGAUUUGGAAGGAAAAGUCCAAUCUGGGGUAGAAAUAGAAAAUAUGGCUCCUGUUAAGGAGGGACACAGGGGAAGUACAAGGAGUGGAGAAAAAACUGGAAGGGGUAUGGCUAAACCAGAACCUAUUGCUGAGGCUAUACCUUCACCUGUUACUGACACUGAGAACAGGGAUGGGCCUGAAGAUAAAGUUGAGACUGGACCAAGAAUGAAGCCAGAGCUUCAGCCAGAGACUGAGGCUAAAGUUAGUUCAAAACAGGUGGAGAACAGGACUGGAACAGAAGCUGGAGUUAUAGCUAAACAUAAUAAUGAGGUUGGUUCAGAGUCCAGAGCAGAUGCUAAAGUUGAGACAGAUGUUAAGACUGCUUUCAUAUCUGAGCCUGAGGCAGUACAAGAAGCUGGGGGUGGUAAUGAGACGGGGACUAAGAGUAACACUGAGACUGGAGUUGUCAGUGAAGCCCCGAAGAGCACUAAGACUACAGAUAAAGCUCAGAUAAGUGUUGUCGCUGGACAUAAAGCUGAAAUUACCCCUGCAGAUCAGGCUGAGAAAAAGCCUUUGGACAUUGAUAAGACUGAAUCUAGCCACAAAGAGAAAGGCUCCAAAUCCCAGAAAAACAAAUCAUCCAAAUCCAGCUCCAGGACUCGACCGGGCACAGCCACAGGGCUACGACCAGGUGUGGUCAGCCCACAACUAGGCAUAGGGCUUGGAGACCUUGAGUCACCAGGCCCCUCUGAAGGCAUUGAGUCAACCUGGCCACGCCGAAUCAUUGUCAGAAAGAGGACUGUUCGACAGGGUGGGGCACUCCACAACCUCCCCAUACUUCCCCCACUCCCUUCUGUCCUCUCAGCAUUGGAGAAGAGGCGCCCACACGCCCUCCUCCACCCUCGCCCAGGCCACUUCUCAGAGAACCCACUAACAAGUGUAAUGAAUGCUUCAAGUAUUGUGGGACGAUGCUCACUUAAAGAGCCCUCCAAUCCAGACCCGGCACAGGUGGCCAGUUUGGUGGGCAGGGCCUCCUUGAAGGAGCAGAACUUGGAGCACUGGAGGGUCUGCAGAGAACAGGAGGAGCCCAGGAGAUCCCGGAGCAAGGAAAAACAAGGAGAGCCAAACAAGCAGAAGACUGAAAGGGAAGACAGGAAAGGAAAAGAAGAGAAAAGAGAGAAGGAGAGGAGAGAAGAGAAAGACAAAAAGGAGGACAAAGUGGGGAAGGAGAAAAAGAAGCUUACUGUUGGUGAGGGGCAGGUAGAAGAAACCAAACAAGAAAUGAGAAGGAUUGAAGAAAAAGUCCAAGUAAACAAAACUAAGGAGGUACUGAAAAAGGAGAAGGAUGUAGAAAUAAUAUCUGAAAAGUUGAAUGGAAGAAGUAUGAAGAUUAAAGAUGGAAUACAAGAGUGGCAUGAACAAGAGUUAGAGGUGGUGGUCACUAAAUUACAGAAAGAGGAUAUUGAAGUGGAGGGAGGAGAAGGAGGGACACUUGGAGAGGAAGGGGGGAUGGAGAGUUGGGAUGCUGUCCUUGAAAUGGUAAAUACAUUGUGGGAUGAUGGCUGGGAAAAAGGGGGAGCAGGAGGAGGAGGUGAUACAGAUUCCUUCUCAGGCUCCCUGCAGCGUUGGCCUCUCCUCCGACCCCCGGUCGGCUUUGGGGGAUCACAUCCCCCCUCCUCGGCAGCCUCGGAGCUCAGCCUGACAGAGCUAGAGAGGAGAGCCAGGGAGCUGGACUCUGAUCUGGAGCACUUAGACCUGUCUCAGACCCACAGGGACACCCAGGAUCUAUACCAGACGCUGCUGGAGCCACAGAGGGAACGAGCUGACAUGUACCAAACACACCCUGGGCCGCAGAGAGAGAAAGCUGCUCUCUUGACAGGAGUUGGGAGCAGAUCCCAGGUCAGUUUGGAGCUUAGUGCUAUGGCCUCACCAGCUACAGAUGCAGACAGACCUCCUGUUGACUGGUCAAACAAAUCUGCUGGGACUUCCACUGUUGGCACAAGCUCUACCAAAGAGGACAGCUCUCCAGACUCCAACUUGACGCUGGAGUCAGACUCCAGUGGCGUUUUCCUCUCCUUAUCCAAUCAGAGUCAGGAGGAGGCCGGCUCUGACAGCGACCAACCAGUCAGCGGUUCUGACUUAGGCAGCAGCAGUACGUCACUGGAGAAAGAUGGAGAAGAUGGAGGGUUAAAGGAAUGGGGGCGGGAAGAGAGUGCAGAGCUACAGUGGUGCUACCCAUCACUCCUCAACACCUCCCCGCAUGAGGACAUGGAACUAGAUGGUGAAAAAGAGGAAACAGGGUGUGGAAGGGUGGGAGGAUAUGAAGAGAGAGGGGAGGAUGAGAUUAGAAGGAAAGAUGAUAAGAUAGGAGUAGUUUCAAUCACUAAGUUCCCACUUGACCAAACAGACAUUGUGAGCUUGCCAACUCUGAAUAAUCCACAAAGUGAAGAAAUACCACCCAGGAAAAAAGUGACCCUCAUGGGACAUGACCCCCCUUUUCCUCUUUCUCCCUCAAAACAAUCAGUCAAACACCUUCUAGAUCCUAAUCAGAAACCAAUCAGAAGCUCAGGACUGGACUGUGGUGACUUAGAUCCCUUUGUCCAGUCGGAUAGCUUUGUUUACCUUGCUGUGUCUGCAAGACCCGCCUCCCGGGGUGAAAUCACCACAGUAAAAGAAGUUACCACCCAUGAUACAGAACAAGACUUAAUACAAACAACACUUGAUGAUACAAAACAACAUUUGGAUAGCGUGAAAACACACUUGGACCAGUCAAAUCCAGAACAGGAUGCCAAACCAACUCACCUUGGCCCACUAAAACCAGAGGAAGGAGAUUUUCUGUGCACAGACAGCUUUGUCUAUCUGGCUGCUCCAGCCUGCCUCCUGCUGGGGCCUGCAGGAACCACACCCUACAGCGGCAGGGAGUCAGACUCUGAGAGUUCAGGCUCUGGCCCUGUUGAUCUGUCAGUCCUGGGUUGUGGCUCAGUGGCAGGGGACAGUGACUGGGACUCAGACCUGUCCGAUUCUGAUCCUAGUCGCUCCUCCAGAAGCUCUGCUGCUGGUAACAAAUCUUCUGGUGUAGUACGACCUAAACGACUGCCUGCUGAACCUGGCUGGGACUUGUUUGGAGAAACCACUGAACCUGAGGUGCUGAGCGAGCUCUUCACAGAACAGGACAGAAACAACAAUGGUAAAGCAAGAAAUGGUUACUGGGGUUACCACCAGCAUGCCAGUGACACCAGGCAUUCCCAUGGCAACUCAGUCUGUCACUACAACAGUGAAGCCAACAACAACAAUGGUAGAGCAGUCGUCAACAACAAAGAAAGUGACAUGGCAGUUCAAACCAGCCCAGAGAUCAGUGUGCACAGGAAGCAGAAAGGAGAAAGAUAAGGAGAUGACAUCAUCAUCACUGGUAAAGUUCACAGAACUGGGCGGAGGCUGAAACCCAUAGACCCCCUCCUUCAUCUUCAUCGUCUUCAUCAUCUUCACCAUCAUCGUCGUCUUCUGGUUGACUUAUGAAGGAAAUGUUUUUUGUUUGACAAUUUGGGAAGAGCUUUCAUUGCUUGAAGCUGCUUUGGUUGCAAAGAAAAGAGCUUCAACUUGUUUUGUAGAAACUGAUAGCUUGAACAACUACAGCUUUUUGCCUGUAAAUUUUUUAUUUUGCAUCUAGCUGCUGCCAUUGCCUUCUUAUGACCUUAUAAAGGCUGCAUAAAAGACUAGUUAAUUGUUGCAUUUUCUUAGAUUAGCCUACAUAGUAUCAUAUAUAUAUAAUCAGUUUGAGACAGUGUGAGACUCAGGCUAAACAGAAACCUUCAGGUUGAAAUUAUGUGGAAAUAUGGCCACUGAUAGAACAUUUAGAACAUUUAGGUAACAUAUGCAACAGUUUCAUUCCUAAUGAGUUUAAUCAACUUCUGAAACUCAAGGUUGGUUUAUUAGUUACAUGUUCACAUAUUCUUAAUUUAAAUAAUGCAUAUGAAUAAUUCUGUGUUUUUUUUUUAUUCUGUUGAAUGUACUGUACAGGAUGUACACAACUACAAAGAUAGUCCACCCUAAAACAGAAUGCAGCACAUUAGACAUUCUCAAUAAUUUGGUUUGGUCACCUGAAUUUAAAUAUUAUUAAAAUUUAGGAAUUUGGUUAGAAUAACACAUGUUGAUUACAGUUGGGCAAAAGAAUUUCUGUUGGAUUCUUUGUGUUAUCUCUUUAUAAAGAUUACACUUUCCCGCCCCAUAUAACGCCUGAUCUUACUAUUUCAAGUAUGUAUUUUAAAAACUGAAUUUUAAACAUCAGGCCGAGGUCUUUACAGUGUACAAUGUAUUUUAUAAUCACAUCCAACUUUAAAGUGUAUUUAACAGUGUGUUGAUAAUAUAUUUUGAACAUUGAGAUAAUUAUAAAGCGAAAUAUAUAUGUGAUGAAUGUGCAAACAUGAACAAAUAAUAGAAGGAUUUAGUAAUAACAUUUAAUUUAAAUGUUUUAUUUAUCAAUUAGAUUUGAAAUUGUGAAUGUAAUAACUGAGCAAUAUGCUUACAGAUUCAUGCUAUACUCUAUGUUUCAUAUGUGGAAAUGUUGCCUGAGUGCUGUGUAUAAUAAUGUUUGAGUUUAAUUUUAUUUAAACAGCCAAAUACCAGUUGUAAAUGCAGUUACACGCUCAUUUAGCGGCUCUAUCUGUAACAUUUUUAAGCAUCAAUUUAUCACUAGGUAGCUUGGUACAAUUGCCAUAAACAAUGAGACCAUGGUUGAGGUGACUGAAGUCUUUACUGGUGUCUUUGUCUCACACCAGUAAAGACUUAAUCUCUCAUAAUCCCCAUUGUGCCCUUUCUCUCCUUACCUCUGUGGCAUUUUUGGCUUUAUUGAAGAGGAUAAACAUGUUGGAAACAUUUUUUUUUCUUCAUUUGCCUCUCACUCCCAUUUUUCACAGUGAGAAAAUCUAGCCACUUUAGCUGUUUGUGCUGAAGCUUCCAUAAGAUUUUGCUUGGAUGCACACAAUGUAAAAUGCAGUGUGGAGGCUGUAAGAGCUGCCAGUCAUCCCAGCAGUGGUCUUGUUCUUGAGUAAUUGUAAGUGCUGAUGUCUUAAAAUGAGGUAUGUGGUAAUAAUUUACUGAUGUUAAAAAUGAUACAUGUAGCACCUUUAAAAGAGUGCACAGUACUAUCAGAUUUGUUAUCCUAUUACAAAUAUGACAAAGGAAAGGUAGAAGGUUCACAAAUUGUUGUGUUACACAAUAAUAAUUCUUGUUAAAAGAUGAUGUCAUUAUGAAAUGAUGGCCUGACAGGCAGGUUUAGUUGUGGUAUUUUAAAUUUGCACUUGAAUUUCAAAUUGAUUUGUAAGAGGUAACUCUUUAAAUUUUGACAGCCUCCAAGCCAACUAAAUAUGUCUUAGUGUGCACUGAGAGUGAAGGUGAUUGUCAGAAUUUGGAAGCUGAAUCUAUUGUGUGGAUGCUGCAGCCACAUUUCUUGAUUGACAUAAGAUGGUUUUUUUUUUUUCCCCAAGAAAAAUGAAAACUGUUUCUUUGUGCAGCUUUAAAUGCUCUGCCAGUCUUUAUUCAUGAUGAUGCUCUGUUUAAACCAACAGGAUUUGGUAGAGCCCUAAAUGCACCUGUCUGCUUCAGUGAUGGAUUUAUUUCUUGUGCUGUUGAGCACAGAUGUACAAGCACAUCCCAGGAGGAAUUAAGUGCUUCAUUAGCAUAUCUGUACUUUUAAAGCUGCAGGUUUUUGUUUUUGACUGUCAGAAUGUCUCAUGAAGUUAAUGUUAAUCAUGGCUGAAGUAAUGACUGAUGAAGGUUUGAAAAGAAGUGAGCUGUGAAGACAUUUUGGCAUGGCCGAACCAACCAGUUAAAUGGACUCCCAUAGCAGGAGAAACCAACCUUUGCUGGAAUAAUACUAUCUGACCCCAGGUUUUUUUUUUUUUUUUGGUGUAUUUGAUUAAACAUAAAGUGAAAGAAUAGGUACCACACAAACACAAAUUGGUGUUUUAAUCUCCAUGCAAUCCAUUACAAACAUGGGAUGUACAACUUGCAGUGUUUGGCAAGUUACUUUAAAACUGUAAUCAAUUACUCAUUAUUCACUGAAAAAGUAAUUACACAAAAGUAAUUACUCAGCAGAAAAAGUAAUGUGUUACUUAACUUGUGACUUUACUUGUGUUACCCUGCCCAGCUCUGUCAAAGGUGCCUUUAGACAACUCCAAAUCCUCCACACACACGCACACGUCGCAUCUUUAGUAUUUAAUGUGUAGAAAUAUAAAAUGAGAUAUUUUGGUUAAGAAAACAAACCGGUUUACUGACCAUCCAGCAACUAUCUUAAUCUCAGUGAUUGCACACAGUGCUCCAUAAAGUCUUGACCUCAGUUGCGCAGUUCACACAAUCUCCAAUCUCCAAUCUCCUCACACAAACAAGACAACUUUGGCAUCUCCAGAACUCAUAUUUCUCCUUUAUUGGUAUAGGCUAACCACCUCCCCACACCUUGAGGUCCAAUGCCAAGCUAGCACAUCCCAGACUAGUCUCUCCCUUGACCAAGACCAAACUGAUUUAUCACAUUUAUCUAAUUCUUGGUAAGAUAGCAAACAAGCCCAUCCCCAGUGUCAAAGUAACGGAGCAUUAGUAACUGUAAUAUUACUGUUAAUUAUUGAAUUUCAAACUGUAAUUUCUACCAUUACUCGUCACUGUAUACUACCCCAUACCAACAAAAUGCCAUAUGUAAUAAAAUUAAAAGCACCUUUCACAUACUCCAAAAAUUACAUUUCAAUCUGGCUGUUUGUGUUGUAUCAUGAAAUAUAGGCUACUGUAGUUCCUGUGCCUCAGAAUUCCUGUCAUUUGUGUUGCUAGGCAACAGCUAGUUGCUAGGAAGUUAGGUUGAGAAAUGUAAUAUACUUACAAGUUUUGAAAUUAAGAGAGAAUGAAAUUUCACUGAUUGCCUUAAAGUCAAAAACAUACCCAAGAAUAGAGAAUAGCGUUGUUGCUAACGUUACGUCUCUCUCUCUCUAUCUUUGUCCUUCACACAGACUGCCUCUCUUUCCCUUUUGUCACAGACACACACAUAGGCCUACACAUUUGCUCUCUAUCACUGUAUUCUUACAUUCUUAUGUUCUUCAUUUUUUGCUUCACUAAAACUAAAGUAGGUCAUUUUAAGUCUUCCCUUUCCUCCACCGAAUUUGCAAUUAGUGCAUUUGGUAUUCAGUAUUCAACAGUUUAAAAUUCAGUUUGGUUUUACAAAUACCUUCAGCUCCAAGAUCAGUUAAUUCAGUUAAUCAGUUAGCUUCAGUUAAUUUAGCAUGGCAAACAAAUACCUGCAUGUCCAGUUACUAAAACUUGAUUCACACCUGCCAACCAGUCAGAAUGGACCUGCUUUAUUUGAUAUUCUACUUUACUGGCACCAAGUCGCCAAUUAAUAAAAUGACCAAACUAAAACCAUACAGCAUUCAGUGACAUACAGUGAACCUGGGACGUCUGGGAUCCCAGGUUAUGCACUAGUUUUGUUGGUGAUCCAGCCUUUUCAUAUCUGUUAAGGCAGUAUUAAAAUCAGGGAGUGUAUCUUUUAAGCAAGUGUUAUACUUGAUGCAUCUGCGAGUACAGGAGGGUCCACCAGGACCCACAUGACAUAAAUUUCAUCAUCAGAAGGUGGACAUGAGGCUCUGUGUGGAAAUCCGCGUACCCUCCAAUUUGUUGUGUCCACGUGGCCAUUACACUACAAGUAACUGCGCAUGUGGUCCAGAAAGCGGACUCCAAGUGGACUGUCUGCAGCUGUCUGUGUGCAUGUGUAAUUGAGGCCUUAGAAACACAACAGAAUGAGCGCUUAUUUGUAAGCUCACAUUAUGAUAUUCCACAUAGUUUGGACACAUUCCACGCACAUUUCACAUAUGAGCAAUAAAAAGAUAUGGAGCGUGUGAAUGUGUUAUGAGGGACAUAAUUUUCAGUGAUGCAAUCACCUUCUUUUUAUUUUAUAUGAGGGAUUGCAUUGGAACAUGGCUGUAAUCAAGUUUAGCCGAGCCAGUUUUCCACUGCAGCUUCACAGUUGGGCUCCAGGCAGUUUCUUGGUGAUUCUCUGCCAGCCUCUGGCAUCUUGACAUGAUAAUGUAUGGAGAGCUGUGCUGUUUAUUUGAAGCUGACUUGUUUCUUGCUGUAAAAAUGGGACAGAGCCAUGGCAUCUAUAAACUACCUGGACAAACUAUAGAGCCUGUUUACAGGACACUGUUCAUUACAAGUCACCUGUGUGGGAUUUUUCUCUAAUAUACUUUUAACAAUAUAUAUACAAUUGGCAUCACGCAUUGUAGCACUUAAAACCUGAUUUCCAUUGGAAAAAUAACAUCUUUUUUUAACCCUGCUGCUUUACAUGUGUGGUGGAAGGAAAUAUUUGUUGCAGUAAGUAAACUUUAAAGCUCAGAAACUGGACCAAAUGAGAGGAUGAGCCAGAUAGUUGUAUGUACUAUUUUUUAAUCAAUGAAGUAAUCUUUGAUUUUCGCUCGCAUUAAACUGUGGCAAAACAUCUAGUUUCACUGUGAUAUAUUAAGGAUAAACUACAUUACACAUCCUACACUGGCUUUUGUAAAAUCCAGUAAUAUCAGGCCAUGUGCGUAAUUUUGCUGUUCAUGUUACUGCUGGUCACUUUUAAAGCUUAGUGGUGAUUAAGAACUAAGACCUGAGAGGGUUUUGUAGUGGAAACAGAUGAUUUAUGUGAAAUCUUAUUGUGUGCCAUAUUCCCAAGCCUUGCUGAAAUGCAUUAAUGUACAAAUAAAGACUAAAUUUGAUGGUGGAA